AUGGCGCAUCUGAUAUCGGCUUUAUUUGUUUUCAUCUCAGUUAUUGUGGUUUCAUUACGCGGCAAUCCAAAGUAUCAAAGGUUUUUCGUCAAUACCAAAGCAAUAAAUUUUGUGGAUGCAACAAAGCGCGGCUUCCGAAUUGUAUUACUGGAUUCAUUUUUGGAUUCCUAUCUUGCACCAAUUCAAAUUCCAACAAUUUUUAUAACUGCAAUACCACUAAAAGCUGAUGAAUCUGCUGCUAUUAAAAUAUUCUAUCCGGACAAUAUUCGGAGUGAUAAACAGGUAAGUAUAUCGGAUUUAAGAGAACGACAAUGGUACUAUAUUUGUGUUGAGUGGGAAAAUUUCAACAGACACAACGAAUCUACAGGUACUGAUUGUCGCAUAUUGCGUACGUUAGAUCGAUUUGGGAAAAGUGCUGAAACGAGUGUCACUGAUGUAGAUAUCAUUGAUAUUUCGUCAACAACAAUGCAAUUUCGAAUACGAUCAAUCGUUGAAUUUCCAAUUAGGAUUAUUGCAUUUAAAUAA